CUGCUUGUUCCUGUGGUGCUGUUAGCAGAGUAGCAGCACAAGGGCUUGAUUGAAGAACUUCUUUAAAAAGGGAAAGAUGGAUUUGGGUGAAUUUUGGGCGAUUUUCGGUCCUGGCUUCGCCGGUGCUGUAUUUGGUGCCGGUUGGUGGUUUUGGGUCGACGCCGUUGUUUGCAGUUCCGUCAAGGUCUCCUUCGUGCAUUACCUUCCUGGGAUUUUCGCGUCAUUGGCCGCUCUGAUGUUCAAUUGCGUUAGAAGAGAAGACAUUGAUUACUCCCCCUAUGAGGAAGGAGAGUGGAGAUUGAAGCUUUGGCUUUUCUUUGCUUACGUUGUAUCCUUUGUAUCUCUAGCGGCAUCUGUCGGCUUAUUAAUACAAGAUUCACUUGUGAAAUCUGGUCCUUCGGUGUGGACAGGGGUUGCAGGUGUCCUGCAAUGUGUGUUUGUGUUGAUCAGUGGGUUGAUUUACUGGACAUCUCAUUUAGACUAAGAUGGGGAAUUGGGAAGCCGAUGAUUUGGAAUGGAAACACGUGCACGUCUACUCUAAUUUGUCUUUUCAGUGGGGAAAAAGAAAGUCUCACCUCCUAUGAUUCUUUUUGGGGUUUGAGGAAGGUAGUUUUAUGUAAAUGUGUAUGUUGAUAAUGUUGACUACGAAUAUGUACAAAUGGACCAGGACCCAGCCGAAAACUGCUCAUGCUGAUGGGAUUGUGGUUUAUCAAAUACUUUUGGGGUCCUUAGAGAUUGGAAAUCUUGAUUAUAAAACUAACAGGAUUGAGAUCACUCAGUUUAACUGGUAGAUGACUGUAGAUGGGCUUAUUCAGAUGGUCAUUUGGUUUUCAAAUCAAGGAUGUCAUUUAA